CGGCACCGCGAACGGAUCGAAAUGGAGGCUCAGAAAUAUGUGUACCCGAUUUUGAUGUUCCUCUGCUGCUGUGGAAUUCCACUGGAGGUCAGAGCGAUUCGGAUGAGAAUGCCCGUUUUGCCGGAGGCACUCAACUGCCGGAAUGAAAGUAUUAGUUUCAACUUAAACCUGACGCGACUCUCCGGUUACUGGUACGAGGCUGCUAGAGUACCCAAUGUCCAGGUACUGCAAUGCCUGAAUGUCUCUGUGCCCGCUGAGGUCGAGAAGGACAGCCUCUCGUUGGACUUGAACUUCAUCAGCACCGUCAACAAUGGGUGGCAGUUCACCGAGGAGUCCGUUGAGUUCCCCUGGAACAACGAUACGCAAGGCGGCAUCUUCAAACUCGAUUACGAUACGGUCACUGUGACCUACAAACUAAUGUUCACGGACUACGAGAACAUCGCCUUUGUCUGCGGAUUCGGAAGCAUUUCGCCAGUUCCACUGUUCAAGCUCUUCACCCGGCAACGUGAGGUCAGCCAGGAUACGAUCAACAAGGCGGAGAUCCUUGCUGAGACGUACGGCAUGGGCAACCAGAUCGCGUGGGAGAUGCAAUCGCCGGGCGAAUGCAAUGGAUCCGGUGGUCUAGCUCCUAUGGCUAUUCUAAUGACCACCAUUGCAAUGCUCGGGGGUUUUAGCUUGCGAAGUCCAUUUUUAGCUUAGACUUUACUAUUUACAUAGUGAAUAUUUAACUUUUCGCUACUACUAUCAGUACAAACUCUUAUCAAUCUUUUUUGUUUUCAACGCCAUGUGUUUUAUUUGGGGUCACUAAAAUGUGAUUGCCGAGAACUGCUAUUUUUCUGGACAACGCAAGCUAAUUAUGUGAUAAUUAAAAGCGUACUAAUUUAAAAUAUUGUUAAUCAUACCAGUGGUAAGGGGUAAGCUAUUUUUCUCCUAUCAUUUCCCUCUGACUUAUGGGCUUGCUUUCCAUUCUCUUAGCUGUUUUCGAAUCUUCUCUUUAAGCUGAUAAGCGAUUUGUAUUCCGAUUAAAUCAUGCCAAUGCAUCUGUGGGAAAUGUAGGGCUCACUAUAUAAGCUCACUUUAUAGUUCUAUGCACUUUCCGAUUGAAAGUGUGCAUCGAGGGCCUUUUGGCCUAGUAAACUCAUACGAGUUGCAAUUACGAAGCCCGAAAUUCAAAGAGAAAAUGCCGAAAAAUAUGAACUGAGCUGGAGCAGAAAAAUGUUGUUGCUUGCUCUAUUUUCUUGGCAAUUUUCAUUUUCAUAAACCCAAUUCAACCGGUGGAAAAUAGAGUGAAUGGAAAACGCCUUAAAUCGAGAUCGAUCCAUUGUUGGCAUCACUGAGAGAAGUAAAAUUCAAUUCUGAAACGUUUAAAAACUCA